AGGUCAGUCUGGAAAAGAAUCGGCUAGACGACGAACCUACAUACAGAUCCGUCGUAGACUCUCCCAGCUCUGACUUGGCUAGACCAAAUCUAUAUCUAGUAGCUAAGAGAGCUCCUGUCGCACACAGAGAGGGAGAAGCCGAAGCAGAAGAAGAAGAAGAAGAAGCGCAGGGGGUGUCGACGAUCGGUAGGGUGGCCUCGAGCUCGUGCAGCAAACCGCUACCAGAUUGGUCUUCCGCUCUUGCUUCUCUCCACCUCCUUCCGCGCUCGCUGCCCCCACGUAGACGUGCUGGGCCUCAAAUCUCUAAACGGCCGCACCGAUUCGGACGCGCGCAGGAGACACAAAGAGCGAGAGAGGGAACUUCGAAGUGAGAGAGAGAGAGAGAAAGAGCUUGUAAGCAGAGUCGAGAGAUAAGCUCGAGGCUGUAAGGGAAGGGAGAACGGCCGCUCGGUCUCAGUCUCCUUCUCGCGCUUCUCUCGGCCGGCUCUGUCUGUCGUCUGCGGGGCACAGCUCGAGGCGCGCGCCGCGUUUUAACACACAUCUCGAUCCGCUCUGCUCUGCUUCAUCGCCAUCUCUCGCAGACGCACAGAAGACCGAGAGGGACCAAGAAGCCGAAACUCAUUUCUCUCGCCGCAGUCUUUUAUCAAUCUCUCAGUCUGUCUCUCGUCAACAAGUGCGUGUGUGAUACAACAGUAGCCGUAGUACAGUACAGCGAGUAUUUUGCGUAGAAGCCAAUAACGCAUACACGUAGAGAAAAAAAAAAAAAAAACAGUGCUGUGAGUGUGAGAUGAACGCACCGGUCGACGACAAGUAGCUCCCACGAAAGUAAACCCCAAAGCUCUCUCUCUCUCCCUCUCUCCCUCUCUCUCUCUCUCGACUCAUAUCAGCGCAUCGGACAGCACGAGUGUGUGUGUGUUCGCGUGUGCGACGAGGGAAGAACGGAAGCUCUCGGUCGACGCGAGGCGCCGGUAGCAGAACGGCGCCGGCCGGUACCAGCUGCAGCAUCAGCAUGUACCCCAGCGACAGCGACAGAACGACGUCGACGACGAGGCGGAGCAUCGGCUCCCGCUGCUGGUGGCUCUGCCUCCUGCUAGUUCUCCUCGUGCUCAGUCUCGAGCUCACGAGGCAUCAGGCCGAGGCGAACAACAUCCACCGGCGCUUCUACCGGCGAGCCGUGCGACUCUGCUCGAGGAGCCUCAGCGACGCUCUCUACCUGCUCUGCAAGGACCGGGGCUACAACGAGCCGUUCACCAGCAGCGAGACCGAGGUGCGACACACCACUGGUCCGGGCCUCGUCGAGGAGUGCUGCUACAACUCCUGCAGCAUCGAGCAGAUGGAGCAGUACUGCAAGCCCAGGAAUAAGGCGUAAGAGUCUACCGCCGUCAAGUCCCCGGAGCCGAGGCUUCUGCGAGCUAGCGCGAAAACGCUCCUGCACGUCGAACUUGCGCAGAAGACGAGGAAGAAGCUUGCGGAACUGGUGCGACACGAGGAGCAGUACCGGCAAACGGAUCGCCCCUACCGAUACCACACGCUAUAGGACGAUGAUCUUCGAGGCCGUAUAGUCAUGCAGAAUAUAUAUAUGUAUAUAUGUAUGUAUGUAUAUAUGUAUACACACGCACGCGCACACGAUGAUCAAGAGAGAAACGCAACUCUUUCACGCUCGAGGAUCGCAGAGAAACGAAUUAUAAGGAUCGCCUCGCGGAGGAAAUUGUCACAGCGAACGUUAUAUAUAUAUAUAUAUAUAUAUAUAUAUAUAUAUAUAUAAUGCAUCGAGACUCGGCCGAAUCUGUCAUCCGAUCUGUUCAAUCUAUUUUAUAUGUUAGAUACUUUUUUCGUAAUUUUUUUUUACUAUAUAUAAUAUUCCUUGACUAGACUGAAAAGACAAGGUCGCCGAUCGACACGUGCGAUCGUCGCUUAUCAAGAAUCUCUGCAAGAUCAUGUAGUUUUUAAGUGAAUAACAAAAGAGUGAGAUCCAAACAGUGAUUUAAUUUCUAGUAAGCUCGUGAUCGCGAUCUUUUUUUUUUUAAAUACGCACGAACAAUCCAUCUAUAGACGAAAUAGCUAAACUACUGCUGGUACUACAUUGCUAUAUAUGUAAUACUACUACUACUACUACUGAUGUUGCUGUGAGGAUUUUAUUUUAUUUUAUUUUUUUUUUUUUAUAUCACAUAGAUUUAACGUAUAUGCAUAGAUUAAUUUAUAUAUAUAUAUAUAUAUAUAUAUAUAUAUAUAUAUAAAUUUUGUGAAUGUAGAGUAUAUAUCGAGAGAUACAUUAUGUAGAACAGAGAGAAAAGAAUAUACAAAAUGGAACAUUAAUGCGCAAAGACAAAAUAAUAAUGCUCUUCGUGAUAUAUAGGGAAAGUCCGCGGCGCCGCGCACGGGCAUAAUAAAAUGAUAAUGAAGUGAGAUGCGACGUUAAGUGAGAAAGAGAGAAAGAGAGAGAAGAGUGAACUUUCGACGGAGAGGUUGACGUUGAGAGCGAGAGAGAGAGAGAGAGAGAGAGAAAAAGAACGUUGCGAAUAAAAAUACCGAUUAAAUACGAAACACACAGACGAUAACGUGUCAGAAUGGAUAUUUCUGAGUUCAAGGAUUUUAACCGCUUGUUAUACGACGACGAUUUUCUGCGACAUCCGAAAAACUUUUGACUUCGCGAGCCGCGAGAUCGAUCGUACAAGUAUAUUAUGUACCGUUUUAACAUUUGUUUGGAUAUGUCUUCGAAAUUUUCAUCGCCUCUGUCCGGACGACCUUUUUUGCUACUCUCAUAAUGUACACGAUAUUAUAAUUAUAUGAUCUAAUUAAUAAUUACGAAUGUGGUGAUAAAGGUAUGGCUGCUGAUUACUAUAUAACUGCUGUAUAUACUUAUAGAAUGUACACCCCCGCACAAACAGGCACACAGGCGUGUCGAUGAUGAUGAUAGACAAAACAAUCAGUGACGAUGAGAAAAAAAGUGUAAACCGUAUAAUAAUAAUAAUAAUAAUAAAAGAGAGAAACGACGCGAGUAUAAGAGAGUGAGAGAGAGAGAGACAGAAGAAAAAAAGAAAAGCAGCAGUGCACCUGCCGGUGAUUUAGCCGCUAGCUCCUCCCUUAACAACCGAUGAUCUCAUUAGUAUUAAUUUCUAAUUAAUAUAUUGUCAAAUGAAAAGUGAUAUUGAUACCGCGGUCGUCGCACACGGCCCGCGUAAGACAUAUUGUCGUACACACACACACACACUUUCACACACACACGCGCGAACGCACUUACUCUUACGCGUACACACACGUAACACGUACACAUGCACGAGAGGAAAGCGGAACGCUGUUUCAUGCGGGGCGCAAGUAUGAGAGAGAGAAAACGAAUUUUGAGAGGAUUUCGCUAUAGGAAAGCACAGCAUAGAGAGAGAGAGAGAGAGAGAGAGAGAGAGAGAGAGAGAGAGAGAGAGAGAGAGAGAAAGCGAGUGCCUUUUGACGAUAUGUAUAGAACCUUACGCGGUCUGUGCUUACACCACGGGCGCAAAUAUAUUAUGAUAUAUAUAUAUAGACAUAUGAAAAACUAUUAAGUGGCUGCCGGCUUUUUUGCUGGGAGCGCGCGCGAGAGGCAAUAAAAGACGAGAAUAUGCAAAUUA